AUGCAUUCCAAAGCCGCCGAUUCAGGCUUUUCCGUGGAGGCAUCGGAUUUGAGCCCAGAGAAAGCCAGGGACGUAUCGAGGACUGCCCGCGAUGGAGUUUGCCUUGUCCCGCAGCCGAGCGCUUCUCCCGAUGAUCCAUUGAAUUGGUCUCUCACGAAGAAGAAUGUCAUCUUCGGUACAGUGUGCCUGGCAUCCUUUGCCGGCGUCGCUUCUGUCAAUGUCCACCAACUUGCCUAUAUCAGACAGGCAAGCUACUAUCAUAAAUCUCCAGUGGAGCUGUCCUAUUCCAUCGCUGCCGGUGUCGCAGGCCAGAUGGGUGGGCCCCUUCUCUUUGUACCGCUCUCGUCCAUCAUCGGUCGAUCUUCACUCAUCUUUUGGUCUUUGUUCGGUUCGCUGGCAUCCAAUAUCUGGGCCCCGUUAAUGACUGGACCUAAUGACUAUAUUCCUUUCGUCAUGUCACGAAUGCUGGCCGGACUUUUCGGAAGUGUUCCUCCAAUCUUGGCAACCGGUUUGAUAAUGGACCUCUACUUUCUCCAUCAAAGGGGCAAAGCAUUUACCGUGCUCGAGGUUUCUCUUCUUGCUGGGGCGGUGGCUGCGCCUGUCUUCGGUGGCUUUAUCGCCGAUACCAAGCCUUGGCCCAAUGUUUUUUGGUGGCUAGUCGCAGUUAUUGCGGUCUCGAUCCCUCUAGCAUUCUUCUUCUUGGAAGAGACGGCUUUCCGAAGGAAUGAAGAGUCUGAGCCUCUUCCUCAGCGCCCGAGUUCGUUCAUGUCGAACAGGAUUGCGACGUUCUUUCCCGGGACUGCUGUUGUACCCCGGACGACAUUCGCCCAUGUAGCCAACCGCUACAUUACGCCGCUCAAGAUUGGCUUGUCGCCAGUCACCAUGAUCGUCGGUUUCUUCGUUGUUUGCAUCUACGGAUUCGCUGUAGGGUUAGGAAUAGUGGUCUCAAUCUUUCUGCAAACGCCAGAAAUGGUGGGAGGCUAUGGCUUCACGCCUAAUCAGAACGCAGAAUUCAACUUUUCCCAGUGGGCCGGCCUCGUUCUAUGUCAGAUUUGCGGCGCUUUCCUCAAUGACAGGGUCCCGCUAUCGAUAUCUCGUCGCAGGGGCGGUGCCUGGCAUCUCGAGUACCGCCUUUAUCCGAUCUUCCUAGUCGCAGCCGCUUCUCCCAUAGGUUUUGGAAUAUUCGGAGCCGGUAUUGAGUAUCAUCUUCACUACAUGGUCCUGGCUCUCGGCACAUUUCUCGUCAUCUUCGGCGCAUGUUACAGUACUCCCAUAUCUGUGAACUAUAUCAUCGAGUGUUUCAAGACCUCGCCGCUCGAGGUCGCCGUCAUUAUGAAUGUUUAUCGACAGAUUUUGGCCCUUGCUUUACCAUUCUUCCUCUUCCCUUGGGAGGGUGCCGUGAGUGCUGGCUGGCUUUUCGGGAUGAUGGCGUUCUUCUGCGUCUUCGCCACGAUGCUCUUGGGUGUGGUGGUUUGGAAGGGGCCAGCUCUACGACGUUGGAACUUGGAGAAAGAUGCUACGGAGGAUGGAAUCAAGAUCAUCAGCUCAGACCGGUCGUCGGAUACGUCGCUUAACAAUUAA